AUGAGCACUCAGACGGGUGCUUUAUAUUAUGAUCCUACUUCUUAUAGACGCCUCUGUGGCGCUUUGUUGUACAUAACUUUCACUCAACCAGAUCUCUUUUAUGCCGUACAACAAGUUUGUCUAUUUAUGCACGCUCCUCGAGUUGAGCACAUGAAUGCGUUGAAACGCAUACUCCGACACAUUCAAGGUACGACAGAUUUUGGUUUGCAUUUGUACAAGUCAUCCGUCUCUUCUAUUCUUUCUUAUACGGAUGCAGAUUGGGGAGGGUGUCCCGACACUCGACGAUCCACAUCAGGGUAUUGUGUUUUGCUUGGUGAUAACUUGAUCUCUUGGUCCUCGAAACGGCAAUCCACUUUGUCUAAGUCUAGUGCUGAAGUAGAGUACAAAGGGGUAGCUAAUGUUAUUUCCGAAUCUUGUUGGGUUCGAAAUUUGUUGCUUGAGCUUCGCUGUCCAAUUUCAAAAGCAACAUUGGUUUAUUGUGAUAAUGUUAGUGCCAUAUAUAUCUUGAGUAAUCCAGUUCAACAUCAGCGCACUAAAUAUAUUGAGAUGGACAUACACUUUGUUUGUGAAAAAGUUCAAUGGGGCGAAGUUCGUGUCCUUCAUGUGCCUUCCCGAUACCAGAUUGCAGAUAUCUUCACUAAAGGUCUGCCUAAGGUUCUAUUUGAUGAUUUAUGGGACAGUUUCAGCGUUCGACAACCUCUCGUUUCGACUGCAGGGGUGUGA